AUGGCCUACAAUUUAACAUGUUUCAAUGCUGAAACUGAUUUCACACCUGAAGGUGUUAUGAUGUAUAGAUUUCGAGCUUAUGUAACUCCAUUAAUUGUAAUCUUUGGUACAACAGGAAAUAUUCUCGUUCUUAUUGUAUUUACUAUUAUGCAAAUGAAAUCUGCAUGUCGAUUUAAUUCCUAUGUAAUUGGUAUCACUAUAGCGCAUAUUAUGGAAUUAAUAUUCAAUGCAUUUCUUGAUGAUUUUCUUGGCAGAGGAUUAGCCUGGUUAAGUCGAUGUAAUAUUAUUGUCAAAUUGGAUAUUUAUUCACAAUUCUCAUGUAAAUUUUUUCUCUACAUUCCAGAAGUAUCUGCGCUGAUAUCUACAAAUGUUUUAGUCUUAUUCAGUUUUGAUCGUAUCCUGACUGUUUAUCAUCCGAUAAGAUUUCGUGGAGAUCGUCACCUACGGAUUGUUCACAUUGGCAUUAUAAGUAUUUAUAUUAUUGCUAAUAUUUUAUACCUGCCAACAUUGAUUAAUUCAGAUUUGGUUAAAAAUACUAAAAAUUAUACAGUUUGUCAAUUUGUUGACCCGUUAAAAUUUAGUGUACAAUAUAAUUUAUACUGUCGAAUAUUGCCUCAACAAUUAUCCCAACACUUGUAG